AAUCAGAACUGCCAGGCAUCAGUCGACAACUGAGAGCGUUCCAGUCAAGUGAAUUCCAAAUUUGAUCGUCAACAUGUUUAAGUUUGUUCUAGUUCUUGCGCUGGCUGUGGCUGUUUGCGCUUCGUGGGAAGGAGGACAUGAUGGUGGACACGGAGGUCAUCAUGAGCAUCAUGAUUAUCAUUCGCAUCCCAGUUAUAAGUUCGAGUACGGAGUGAAGGAUCACAAAACAGGAGAUCACAAGAGCCAGUGGGAACAUCGGGAUGGAGAUGUUGUCAAGGGAGAGUACACCUUGGAUGAAGCUGAUGGAACCAAACGAAUUGUGCAGUACACAUCGGACAAACAUAACGGAUUCCAGGCUCAUGUAACCCGAGUUGGUCAUGCCAAUCACCCACAGGUGUAUCACCAUCAUCAUGAGGCAGGACAUGGAGGUCACGGAGGAUUCGAAGGACACGGUCAUCAUGGCCAUGGUCAUGCUAGCAGCUACGCCAACUCGAACUUGCAUUCGCAUCACCAUCACUAAGCGGGACUGAAACUAGACUGAUCUCAUCUGUGUUAUUUCUACUAAAAAACUUCUUUAUAUUAGUAAAAAAAAGUCAUAGUUUCAAUUUCAUUAAAUCACCAUUUUUAUUUCUCACGUUAUUCAAGACUGAGGAAAAUACAUUUGCAUCACCCAAGUUGCUUGGGAGUUCCAAAUUCAGAAGGUGUCUUACGGAACCGGAAAGUUCACUCAAGGUACACUGAAAAGAACGUAGGUUGAAGUGCACAAACGCAAUGACACGAAUCUUUUGUUGUUAAGCAUUGCUCCAAUGGCUGCUCAAAAACUGAGUCACUGUGGAGUCUGUGUUGACUCUGCAAAGGCCAGUUGUGCUAGCGAUUGCUCAACAUCGUUGGUUGAGUUCGGCUCUCAUAUAGUACCUAUAUAUGUAAGGCAACUUACCGUCAAACGGGGCAUCAUGCAACAGCGGGGUUCGAUGCAACAUUUAUAUAACACUACAUUGAAUCAAUUUUUAAUUUAAUGUAUUGUAAUAAAGUUAUCUUUCAAUGAUAACAAAAUGAUGAUGACAUAAUUUCUCGCAUCUUAAGCUAGUUGUCCUAAGUUUUUUAUUUAUAUGUAAAAUUUGAAAAAUCGAGCAAUAAAUGUACAAAUUUUAACAUUUUUUGAUGCCGAAAAAAACUUUACCCAAUAUGACGGAUCGGCUUGAUAAAAUUACCUACAAACUUUUUACAGGUUUUCUCAUGUUAUACCAACAUUGUUGGUGUAAAAAUAUUUUUCGAACAAUCACCCAAUUUUUUUAAAUGAAUAUUCUUAAAAUUCAGUUAGGUGUCUGGGGUUAAAUGCAACAAAAUGCAAAUCAAAGAAAUACCUUGUAAAUCUCGUUUCCAUGUGCUGGAAUAUGAAUGUUUUGCAUCAUGCGUUUUUAAACAUUUAAAUUUUAUUCAUCCAAACAUUUAUUUUUAUGAUUUUAGCUUGUAGAAUUUUUCGUAGUAUUAUUUAACCCCUAAAUGUAU